UAAUUAUAUAAUAUAAAAUGCAACGCAUCUUGCACAACCGUGUUCUACAUAUGUAACAAAUUAAAUGUGCCGCACAACUUUUAUUUCGAAUAUCCAUUUUCAAAAGCUUCGUCUUUUUGGUUAACUCUGGGACAUAGGCAACAUAUUUUUAUAAUUGUUACUCAGUUGUCAGUAGCAGGCUAUCGACUCACGAUUUGUACGACGACAGGUAAAACGUAAAAGUGAAAGAUAAGGUUCUCAAGUCGUGAUUAGUUCAGUGUAAAAAGAAAAACAAAAGAAAUGAAGAUCCCCAUUGCGAUGUAUUGUGGAUUGCUGCUGUCCAUCGCAGCUGCGGCCAAAAUUGAUUACAACGGGCAUGUGGUAAUCCGAGCCUUUCCUACGACAACGGAACAAUUGGAAGUAUUGAAAGACUGGUCCACGCAAUCCAUUAACUUCGUUUAUUUCUGGUUCCUUCCGACCAAGAUCGGCAAAUUUGUUGACAUUCACGUCAGUCCCGAAUGGUACAGUUCCGUUGUCCAAACUUUAAGGGACAUGAACAUUUUUCACAAAAUUCAAAUCGCCAAUCUGGGCGAGAUGGAACGACAGGAACAACAGAACAUCGCUCUCCGCCGUGCACUCUACAAUGGCAAUAAGGCCAUUGAUCUCGAAAAUUAUCACACAUACGAAGAGGUGAUGGCUUAUUUGGCUGAUCUAGCUAACACAAAUGCGUUAGUUUCGACCAAAAUUGGAGGUUCAAGUCAAGAGGGUCGUGAUAUUGUUCAAACAAUAAUCAGCAGUGAUCUUUCCGCUAAUAAAACCGUCCUCUUUUUCGAAUGCAACAUGCAUGCAAGAGAAUGGAUCACCGCCGCUACUUGCAUUUGGAUUAUAGAUCAGAUAACAUCCGGAUAUGGUUCAGAUUCGGAGAUCACUGCACUCGUUGAUCAAUAUGAUUGGAAAUUUGUUCCAAUCGCAAAUCCAGAUGGAUACGCAUACACCUGGAGUAACGACCGAUUGUGGAGGAAAAAUCGCGUUUUCAACAACGGGUCAACUUGUCGCGGUGUCGAUGUCAACCGCAACUUUCUGAUUGGUUUUGGUGGCUCGAGUGGUAGCUCUGAUUCACCAUGCUCUACUACUUACAGUGGAGAAGUUGCGUUUUCUGAGCUAGAGUCCUGCGCAAUUAGGGAUUUAAUCGCCGCCGACCGCGGAAGAGUCAAAUCGGCCAUCUCCGUUCAUUCAUACGACCAACAGUGGCUUUCUCCUUACGGUUAUUCCACUGAAUUCCCACCAGAAUACGCUGAAAUGCUGCGUGCCAUGGAAAUAGGUGUCAAUGCAAUUACUGCUGUUUAUGGGACUCAGUACACAUAUGGCAGCUUCGCCACCGCUCUCUAUGUCGGAUCGGGGGUCACCACUGAUUAUUAUUACGAGGCUGAAGGAGUGGUUCACUCGUAUACAAUUGAGUUACGUGACGAUGGAACUUACGGCUUCCAAUUGCCGCCUGAUCAAAUAGUUCCGACAGCAAUCGAAACGUGGAACGGGAUCAAGGCUUUUGUUAACGCGAUUUAAGUGUGGUGUCGACAACUGCAGUUGUAGGUACCCGGUGAAAAAAAAAUCUUGGAUUUUCUGUUGAAACUAAAAUAAAGAUUGAAAAUGUA